AUGCCAGUAAAUCCUGAUCAACCUAUCGAGCAACUCUUGAUCGAUGUCCAUGAGUUCACCCCAGUCCUGCCAGAUACCGUCAGUCAUUUGCUACUCAGCAGAUCCGGGCUUGACACAGAACACGAUCCGCGAAUCGCCCGAAUCGCCUCCCUCGCUGCUCAGAAGUUCAUCUCGGACAUUCUGCUCGACGCGCGCCAGGUGUCCCUCAACCGAGCCAAUAAAGAAAUGCGCAACGCGGGCAGCAAAUCCAAGGACAAGCCCAAGAACGUGCUGACAAUGGAGGAUCUUUCCCAGGCCACGGAGAAAAUCGGCAUCACCAUUCGAAAACCACCAUACUACCAUUGA